CGAUUCGACUUUUUGUUGUUGGUUGUGAAAGAGUGAAGUAGAUGGUUCUCCGGCGAGUUUGGUGUUGCUGAGCCGAUAUUCCACAAAACCCUAUCGGGUGAAUUUUUACUGCCACAUUAUUAGAUUGAUCACGUUUCUCUUGUUAACAACCAUGGCACAAGCAUUGGACCGCAGUGGCCUAUCCUUUGACACCAUAGGAGCCCUAUCUCAAUUAGUUGAAGCAGCAUCUGCUCUGACAGAGUUAGAAGUGAACGAAACGUCGACGAACAAAACGCGAUCGACAGUACUCGUUAGUGAUGAUGACGAAACAUCGCGGGUCAGCGCUAAAGUCGUCGGGAAGACAAACUCGUCCUCCGUUCCCAAGAAAAAGGAAAUUUUCCCUCAAAAACUUAUUGAGAUUCUAGCUGAUGAUUCUGUAUCUGACAUCGUGUCUUGGCUUGCUCACGGUCGAUCGUUUGUUAUUCUUCGUCCUGACCUCUUCUGUGAGCAAGUCCUUCCGAGAUACCUACCACCGGCGGACUCUCGUGGCAGUACGAAAUACCCAUCUUUCACGCGAAAGUUAAAUAGAUGGUACGUAAAACCGUGUAGAUCUCGGUCAUAAACAAAUUGAUCUGUCAGUGUUGUCUCAAAACUAUAUUUUUGUAACGUUGCGUUGAAUUAGGGGAUUCCGGCAAGCAACGAGAGGUGCAGACACUGGAGCUUUUCAUCACCCCUUCUUCCGACGUGAUCAGCCUGAACUCUGUGCGAAAAUGGUCUGUCAAAAGUCAAGAGAUCGACAGCAAGGCCAUCAGAAACGAAGGCUCCCUCCAAAAAAGAGGUCUAUCCCGGAAAGCUCUCCACCUUCUUUUGGAGCUUGCUCGAAGGCCAUGUGCUCAAUCAGUUCUGGUUCUGAGAAAACAAGAGACCUGAGGAGCACUCAUCGACCAGCUCAAGGAGCUGUACCUGUAUCAGCGGACGAUCGAUCAAUAGGUACAUCCUCCACAUCUUCUCAAGCAUCGUUUAGCAACACGGUGGCGAUGACUACCAAUAAUAAUUUUGUCGGAUCUAUGCAGAACACAUCGGGGAGAAUCGUUUCCGCUGGAAACACUGUUCCUCUUUCGACAAUGACUCCUAAUAUCACGACAAUGAGCCUUCGGAGGCCUGGAAGCUCUGGUAUUAUGCCAUUCAUUUCUAAUGACACGAAGUUUGUUGCAACUACGCUACAGCAACGAGAAUCCCUUGAGGUUUUCAGAGCAGCGAAAGCCAUGCUAUAUGACGCAUAUAUGAAGGCCCUUAACGAAGAAGUUUCGUGACAUCGACACAGGAAACAAUAAUGCACAUAAACAUCCCGCACACACUUGGGCCGAAAGUACCAGUCACUGAGGAUGGUUCAGUCCUCAUUCUACAAAGUGUACAUAAGAUAUGCGAACGAACCAAAAAAAGCUAAUAAAACUAAUGUAAUCAU